AUGGUACGGGCUGAUGGGCGCUCCCAACUGAUGCCGCAAAGACGGUCGACAAACUACCAGCCCAACAGCUGGGACUACGACUCGAUUUGCUCCCUGCGGCUUGAGGAGGACCAAAGUAGCCAGGACGAUAAGGAGCCUAGCAAGCAUGAGAGUUUGAAGAACAGAGUCAGGCAGCUGUUUUUGGACAAGAAAGAGAAGUUGCCCACUAGGCUCCGAAUCAUGGAUCAGUUGCAAAGCUUCGGUGUAGCAUACCAUUUUGAGGAGGAGAUCAAAACAACCCUCGUGUCCAUGCAUGUAGAACAUGCAUAUCAUCAUCUCAAGAAUGACCUUUCUUCAACAGCAUUGCUAUUUAGACUGCUCCGAGGAAAUGGACUUCAUGCAUCUACAGAUAUGUUCGAUGCAUUCAUAGGCGGCGACAAGAGGGGUGGUUUCGGAGGUAUCAACCCAGAAGACAUCGACGGAAUUAUUGAGCUGUAUCAGGCUUCGUACCUAGCCUUUCCAGAUGAGACGAUGCUCGACAGAGCUAGAGCAUUCUCCAUCGAAACCCUCACACAGAUGAUGCCGCUCAUGGUGCCUAAACAAAGGGAAAUAGUUGAAGGGGUCUUGUUAGACCUUCCCUUGCACUGGGGAGCCCCGAGGCUGCAUGCAAUACGGUCCCUGAAACGGGGCCGCAAGAACAACAUCAACGACGAUAACAACUGCAGCAUCAACCCGUCCAUUCUAGAGCUAGCAACAGUCGACUUUAACCUCGUCCAAUCUGUUCAUCGAGCAGAACUUGUCAAGAUAAUGAUGUGGUGGAAGGAGACCGCGCUCAGCGAGAAGCUACCGUCCGGCAGAGACCGCCUGGUGGAGUGCUUCUUCGGAGCGGCGUGCAUCGCGCCGGAGCCUCGCCUCGCCGCGUGCCGCGAGGUGCUGGCCAAGAUAGGCUCCCUCCUCGUCCAUCUAGACGACGUAUACGACGUCUACGGGACGCUCGAUGAGCUCAAGGCUUUCACCGACGCCAUCGGUAGGUGGGACAAUGCUUUCGCGGCAGGGGAAGCAGCCCUCCCGGAGUCGAUGAAGGCGAUGUACGCAGCCAUCUGGACGACGUCAACCAGCGCGGCUGAUCGCGUGAUGAAGGAUAAGGGCUACAACGUUCUCCCACUCUACAGGAAGGCGGCUGAUUCAGAAGAAGGAGAUGAUGAGCCAUCAUCCAUCGCUUGCUACAUGAGAGACAUAGGCGCGAGCGAGGAAGAUGCCCGUGGUGCUGUGCAGAAUACCAUUGCCGAGAACUGGAAGGAGCUUAACAACGAGGCCUGUACUGGAGGCUGGAAUUUGUCUUCCCCCUACAGCAUGGCCAACAUUUGCAUCAACCUCGCUAGGAUCUUUCACGACAUCUACCAUAAUGGGGACAGCAUUACGUCACCAACUGACAGCAAGAAACAAUUGGUGAAAGACUUAAUCUUCAUUCCUAUAGUGAUCUGUGACACGGAACCUCAACAUGAAGGGUGA